AUGGUGCUUCAAGAUCUCGGGCGGCGCAUCAAUGCCGCCGUCUCAGACCUCACGCGGUCGCCCAACCUCGACGAGAAGGCCUUCGAUGCCAUGGUCAAGGAGAUCUCCAACGCCCUUGUCGAAGCCGAUGUAAACGUCAAGCUCGUAAUGAACCUGCGCAACUCGAUAAAACGCUCCGUCGACUUCAAGCACCUCGCGCCCGGCGUGAACAAGAAGCGCCUCAUCCAAAAAGCCGUCUACGACGAACUCGUCAAGCUCGUCGACCCCCACGCCGAACCCUUCAAGCCGAAAAAAGGAAAGCCCAACGUCAUCAUGUUUGUCGGUCUGCAGGGUUCGGGUAAGACGACGUCGUGUACCAAGCUGGCGCGCUGGUACUCUGCGCGCGGGUUCAAGGCGUGUCUCGUGUGCGCGGAUACCUUCCGUGCUGGUGCCUUCGACCAACUGAAGCAAAAUGCGACGCGCGCAAAGAUUCCAUACUUUGGAAGCCAUACGCAGACGGAUCCAGUUGCGGUAGCUAGAGAAGGUGUGGACAAGUUCAAGAAGGAGCGCUUCGAGAUCAUCAUCGUGGAUACUUCCGGUCGGCACAGACAAGAGAAGGACCUUUUCGACGAGAUGAUGCAGAUUCAGGAGGCCGUGCAGCCCGACCAGACCAUCAUGGUUCUCGACUCAACAAUCGGUCAGGCAGCAGAAGCGCAGUCACGGGCGUUCAAAGAGGCAGCAGACUUCGGAGCCAUCAUACUCACCAAGACGGAUGGUGCGGCAGCGGGAGGUGGUGCCAUCUCUGCCGUCGCAGCAACACACACACCCAUUGUGUUCCUUGGUACCGGAGAGCACAUGCUGGAUCUCGAGCGCUUCAGCCCCGAGCCUUUCGUUUCGAAGCUGCUCGGCAUGGGCGACAUCGGCGGUCUCGUCGAACACGUACAGUCACUCAAGCUGGACCAGAAGGAUACGAUGAAGCACAUCACGCAGGGCAUCUUCACCAUCAAGGAUCUCCGAGACCAGCUCUCCAAUAUCAUGAAGAUGGGCCCUCUCUCAAAGAUGGCAGGCAUGAUUCCCGGACUGAGCGGCAUGAUGAACGGAAUGGACGACGAAGAAGGCAGUUUGAAGCUAAAGCGCAUGAUCUACAUCUGCGACAGCAUGAACGAAAAAGAGCUCGAGUCAGACGGCAAGAUGUUCAUCGACCAACCGGAGCGCAUGACACGUAUAGCACGUGGCUCCGGCACCUCUGUGCGCGAAAUCGAAGAGCUGUUGACGCAGCACAAGAUGAUGGCUGGUAUGGCUAAGAAGAUGGGCGGAGGCCUAAAGAACAUGCAAAAGGCACAGGGCGCGAUGGGCGGAGGAAACAAGGCACAGCAACUCGCCGCCAUGCAGAAGCGCAUGGCGAGCAUGGGCCAAGGCGGCAUGGGCGGAGGAGGCAUGCCCGACAUGGCCUCCAUGAUGAAGAUGCUCGGUGGAGGCGGCCGAGGCGGAGGUGGUAUGCCCGAUAUGUCUGCCCUCGCAAACAUGAUGGGUGGUGGCGGACGAGGAGGAGGCGGCAUGCCCGACAUGUCCGCUCUUGCGAACAUGAUGGGCGGCAUGGGCGGCAUGGGCGGUAUGGGAGGCAUGGGAGGUGGUGGUAGUGGCAGGGGAAGGCGGUAG